GCCAUGGCUCUGUGCUCCGUUCUGAGGCCGCCGCGCUGCCGCCUCCGCCCGCCGCCGCUCGCCCUGCGCUGCCCGGUGACAACAACCACAGCGACACCGUGGGCACGGAAGGAAAAGGCCAGGGUGAGCUGCAGCCCGCCAGAGCCUUCCUGGGAGGAGAGGUUAGCAAAUGCAGUGACACCACUGUGGAGACUUCCCUACCAAGAGCAGCUCCAGGUGAAGUAUGAAAGCCAGAGGAAGACUUUGCAGACACUGGCAUCUCGUCUUGAGGAGCUGGGCAUCGAUGCACAGAAACCUGGUGGGCUCUGCUGUCCUCUGCAGCCUGUAGUCCCUUCGCCCAUCAUUAAUGGCUACCGAAACAAAUCAACUUUCUCUGUGAACCGAGGACCAGAUGGGAACCCCAAAACUGUGGGGUUGUAUGUGGGAACUGGCAGAGAAAAGAAUAUUGUCUGUGUGAAAGCCAACCAUGUGGAGAACAUACCCUCAAAACAUAAACAAGUAGCCCAGUGCUAUGAGGAGUUCAUCUGUCACUCCCCCCUGGACCCCUGCAUCCUGUUCCAUGAAGGUGGGCACUGGAGAGAGCUCGUGGUCCGUACCAGCCGCUGUGGCCACACCAUGGCCAUCAUCACCUUCCACCCCCAGCAGCUGGGCCAGGAGGCGCUGGCUGCUCAGAAAGCGUUGCUGAAGGAGUUCUUCACAAGUGGGCCUGGAGCAGUCUGUGCCUUGACUUCACUUUAUUUCCAAGAGAGCACCAUGACACGCUGCUCCCACGAGCAGUCCCCGUACCAGCUCCUGCACGGGGCAGCGCACAUCUCCGAGGAGCUGCUCGGCCUCAGGUUCCGCAUCUCCCCGGACGCCUUCUUCCAGGUCAACACGGCUGGGGCAGAGCUUCUGUACCAGGCAGUGGGGGAGCUCUGCCAGGCUGCUGGGGACACUGUGCUCCUUGACAUCUGCUGUGGAACAGGCACAAUUGGUCUCUCUCUGGCUCACCGAGUGUCCAAGGUUAUUGGUGUCGAGGUGGUGGAGAAGGCAGUAGAGGAUGCUGAGUGGAAUGCAGCAUUCAAUGGGAUCUCAAACUGUGAGUUUCACAGUGGAAAGGCAGAGGCUGUGUUACCACAGCUCCUGGCAUCGUGGGAGGAUGCCCGACCGCUUGUUGCUGUGGUGAACCCUUCUCGGGCUGGCCUACACUACAGGGUCGUUCGAGCCAUCCGGAACUGCAGCGCCAUCCGCAGGCUGCUCUACAUCUCCUGCAAGCCAGAGGGGGAAGCCAUGAGGAACUUCCUCGAGCUGUGCUGCCCACCUGACCCACGGAAGAAGCUGGCAGGGGAGCCAUUUGCCCCUGUGAUGGCUAUUCCUUUUGACAUGUUUCCUCACACUGUUCAUUGUGAGCUGGUGCUGCUGUUCACCCGCUGACAAGGAGGCAGGAAUGAGCUCUGAGAGCUUGGGGAGCAACAUCCUCCUGUCCUGAAGAGCCAGUGUAGUUAGGAUUUUAAUUUAUUUUCUGUGAAGUUGUAUAAAAAUAAAUAAUUUUGUUUUUUCUCUUA